AUGGCUACUGUCAAGACCGCAAAGAAAAAGCCGACGCCCCCAAAAGAACCAGACCAUUCGAGCGAAGAGGAUGAAUCUGAUUUCUACACCGAUGAGGAAUAUUCCUCUCUAGAAAACGAUCAACAGGACGAGUCACGACGCAAUUCUAAUAUGACGUCUGAAACCGAGUCCAUUCAACGAGAAGUUCCCGCCCACGGUGAUAGGCGUGCGCCUACGACAGAGGUUAUUCGAAGGGAAACAAAUACAGCUGUACCCGCUCAAAAAGGAAUAGCUCCUAUUCAACCGCUCGCUGAGCGGACUGGACCGAUAGCAAAAGAUGCUGGAAGCGCGUUGAGCUUAAGACUUGAUCUGAACUUGGACGUUGAGGUUGAAUUGAAAGCUAAGAUUCGGGGAGAUCUCACUCUAAGCCUUCUGUAA